AUGCACAUCGUGAUCUCGACUACUGGGUGGCUUAAGUCAUAUGUUAUGAUUCUUCAACCGAAAGUUCUUUCACUUCCACAUCUUCGAAUUGUUAAUAGGAAUUUGAUGGAAGGAUUGAUCUGUUCGCGAAUAAUUCCUAUUCGGGCUUAUGGUAAUCAGCGAAACACCCCCUUCUUUCCAUCAUAUACAUCGAGCAAAAGAAGAAUCUUUUAUGGUCCAAUCAGAAUGAUGGGACCUUCCACAUCACCCAACUCAAAAGCUGGCUCCAUUAAGCCAUUAACAGCCUCCUCAUCAGACCUAUUCGACAAUACAUUACCUUCCAAAGAGGUUCUUGAUCUAUGGCAGAAAGCUGAUGCUGUAUGCUUUGAUGUGGAUAGCACUGUGUGUCUGGAUGAGGGCAUUGAUGAACUUGCUGAGUUUUGUGGAGCUGGGAAAGCUGUUGCUGAAUGGACUGCUAGAGCAAUGGGUGGUUCAGUGCCCUUUGAAGAAGCCCUAGCUGCAAGACUCUCUCUAUUCAAACCUUCAUUAUCAACAGUUGAAGAUUUUCUUGAAAAGAGGCCCCCAAAACUUUCACCUGGCAUAAUGGAAUUGGUUGAGAAGCUCAAGGGAAGUGGUAAAGAUGUAUACCUCAUAUCUGGAGGUUUUCGUCAAAUGAUCAAUCCGGUUGCAUCAAUCCUAGGGGUAAAACUGGAAAAUAUAUUCGCCAAUCAACUGCUAUUCAAGAGUUCCGGUGAGUUUGCUGGUUUUGAUGCAAAUGAGCCAACUUCUAGAAGCGGAGGAAAACCAACUGCAGUUGAACUAAUAAGAAAGACUCAUGGAUACAAGACAGUAGUAAUGAUUGGCGAUGGUGCGACUGAUCUUGAGGCUCGAAGACCGGGAUGUGCGGAUCUUUUUAUCUGCUAUGGUGGCGUCCAGCUUAGGGAGGCUGUGUCUUCAAAAGCGGAUUGGCUAGUGUUCAACUUCAAAGACCUUAUAAACUCUUUGGAAUAACUUCAAACCUGAUUUAAAAUUUGUUAAACAUGAUUUAUAUGAUUUGCUUCAUGGGUGAGCAAGUUUUUUAAAUUAGAUUGUUUGGUAGAUGUUUUGUUAAACUGUUUAUAGCCAUUUAAGAGAAGAAAAUUAAUUAGGUGAAACAAGGGGAUUGAAGUUUACAAUUGGUUAGGUUGAUUUUAUGAUUUGUUAGUAGGUUUGGUGGAUAUACUACAAUAAUUGUGUUCCAUAGUCAUGUGCAUCUUCUUUUUCGUUGUCCCAAAUGAUUCUAUGUUUAUAUCAAAUGGUUUUAUGUUUAUA